AUGGCGGCGGCCGGCGGGGAGCGGGGCCGCACCAGCUUCCAGCGCAGGCCCGGCGCCGGCCCGCGGCCGCCCGCGCUGCCGGGCACUCGGCCCUCGGUGCGCCACGGGCAGCUGCUGCUCUCCAGCGGGCUGCCCUCCCUGGACUGUGUGCUAGGUGGAGGCGUAGCUGUUGGAACCCUUCUUCUUAUUGAGGAGGAUAAAUAUGGCCUUUACUCCAAUUUGUUGUUCAAGUAUUUUCUCGCAGAGGGAAUUGUCUGUGGACAUGACCUGUUUGUUGCUUCUGCCAAAGAGCAUCCUGACAACAUUUUGAAGGAACUUCCAGCCCCUUUGCUUGAUGAUUCCUACAGGAAGGAAUUGGGAGAUGAAGCAGCAGCUGUGAAGUCUGAGGAUUCUCAGGAUUCUAUGAAAAUAGCCUGGCGCUACCAAAAUUUACCAAAAAUGGAGACCAGCCCAACAACAUAUACAAAGUUUGGCCAUUAUUAUGAUGUUUCUAAAAAAAUGUCUCCAGAACUGUGUCAGUCUGUCAAACUGCAUAGAUUUUACCUCCAUGAAGAGUUGCCUUCCGAGCCUGAAAUGAAAACAUGGAAUAUGAACAGUGGUUAUGCAAGGCUGCUUCAGUCCAUUCAGAGGAUCAUUUCCCAGGAGGGCUUUGACGGCUCUGACCCCCAGAAAAAACAAAGAAACGUUUUGAGGAUAGGAAUUCAGAGCCUGGGUUCCAUCUUGUGGGGUGAUGAUGUUUGUUGCAGUGAUGCUCCCGAGGAUCCUCGGAGCCUGACCAAAUUCCUGUAUGUCCUGCGUGCCCUGCUCAGGAAAUCCCUGUCUGCCUGCAUCGUCACCAUGCCUGCCCACCUCAUCCAGAAUAAAGCAAUUAUGGAACGUGUAACAAACUUGUCAGAUAUGGUGGUUGGUCUUGAAUCAUUUAUUGGCUCUGAGAGAGAAACCAAUCCAUUGUACAAGGAUUACCACGGUUUGGUUCAUGUACAUCAGAUUCCUCGGCUCAAUAGCUUGAUCUGUGAUGUGUCAGACACCAAGGACCUUGCUUUUAGAUUAAAAAGGAAGCAGUUCACCAUCGAGCGGCUGCAUUUGCCUCCAGACUUGUCAGACACAGUGAGCCGCACGAGCAAACAGGAGCUGGCAGGAUCCGCCAAACUGCUGAGCUCAGGAUGCGGCGCCAUGGCCAUCGGCAAGCAGCACCUGGACUUCUAGUGGUUUCUGCUUAGCAGCCUCGCUCACGUUCAGCUGACACCCUCAUUAGGAGUGUUAAUGACUUAUAUAAAUAUUUUUCUUAAUGAUUUGACCCAGCAGUCUUUAAAAAUAUGUGUUAUCAUAUGAGGCCUUCCUUUUUUUCCUUUUUUUUUCUUUUUUUUUUUUUUUUUUUGUGUAUGUGUGUGUUCUCUUUCUUUGUACUAAAUUUGGUCUCAUUUGGGUUUUGCUUUUUGUUAAAUCUUUUUUUCUGUUGGGUCCUGCCAUUGUUCUGCUCCAUUGGAAGCAGGUAAUAUUUUGUUCCUUUACUUAAAAUACAAAAAUUGCAAUUACCCUUUCAAUUUUUUUUUUACAUUAAAAAUAAAGGGAUGUUUUUCCCAAAAGGAUUUUUUAUAUAGUUACAUAUAAUAUUUUGUAUGAAUAAUGUGUUUAUUGAAAUAAAGGAAUGGAACUUAUUGAAAUAAAGGAAUGGAACUAA